AUGACUUUUGCCAAACUGUUGGACCAAGUUGGCGGCAUGGGUCGUUUUCAGGUCAUCAACGUGAUGCUGCUGAGCGUUCCGAUGGUCCUCAUGGCCGCCCACAACCUCUUGCAGAAUUUUACGGCAGCCGUCCCUGGACACCACUGCCGUGUCACCAUCAACAACACUUGUGAUGGUAACACCACCAAAGGCAUGAACUGUCGGAAUCUUCUGAGAGCCUCCAUCCCAACAGACAGCAACCGAGUGCUGCAUAAGUGUCAACGUUUUGUCAGCACCCAGUGGCAGUUCCUGAACCCCAAUUCCACGGCGCCAGGGGGAACAGAGGCAGAGAUGGAACCUUGCCUCGACGGAUGGACUUACGACAGUCAAGUCUUUGCUUCGACCAUCGUAACAGAGUGGGACCUGGUAUGCGACUUUCGAACUCUACAGCAGAUGGCCCAGUCGAUCUACAUGGCGGGCGUGCUGGUGGGCGCGGUUGCAUUCGGUGGCCUCUCAGACAAGUUUGGCCGGAAGGCUUUGCUGAUCUGGUCGUGUCUUCAAAUGGCUGUUUCGGGCUCCUGCGCCGCUUUUGCCCCCAGCUUCACUGCUUACUGCAUCUUUCGCUUCCUCUCCGGAAUGGCUCUGUCAGGCGUCGGACUGAACUGCGUGUCGCUCUCGGUGGAGUGGACGCCGAUGCAUUCUCGGGCCACCGUCAGCAUGGUGACGGGAUACAGCUACAGCGUUGGGCAAUUCAUCCUCGCGGGCAUGGCCUACGCCAUCCGUGGCUGGCGCGGGCUCCAGUUGGCCGUCUCCUUCCCUUACUUUGCCUUCUUCCUGUACGGCUGGUGGUUUACAGAGUCUGCCCGGUGGUACGCCACAGCUGGCAAGCUGGAUGAGGCGCUCAAGGAGCUGCAGAAAGUUGCACGGAUAAACGGACAGAAAGAACAAGGACAAAAGCUUAGCCUAGAGGUCUUGAAAGCCACCCUACAGAAAGAAGCUCCUUCUGCCAAAUCCAACUUCACCGCAGCUGACUUAGUGCGCACACCAGCGGUGCGCCGGGUAACGUGCUGCCUGUGCUUUGUCUGGUUCUCCACCAGCUUUGCCUAUUAUGGCUUAGCCAUGGACCUGCAAAACUUUGGGGUCAGCGUCUACCUCAUCCAGGUGAUCUUUGGGGCUGUCGACAUCCCGGCGAAACUCAUCGCCUUCAUUGUGAUUUGCUACUUUGGCCGCCGAAUAACUCAGGCAUUGACCCUCAUCCUUGCCGGUCUGUCCAUUGCCAGCAACAUCUUUGUGCCCCAAGAUAUGCAGAUCCUUCGCACUGUCUUCGCGGUCUUUGGGAAAGGGUGUUUGGCAGCCUCUUUCAACUGUGUCUUUUUAUACACGGGAGAACUUUACCCCACGGUGAUCAGGCAGACCGGGAUGGGCUUUGGCAACACCAUGGCGCGUGUCGGCGGAAUUGUGGCUCCCCUGGUGAGGAUGACUGGCGAGUAUUCCCCAUCUCUCCCCCUUCUCAUCUAUGGGGCAGCCCCCAUCGUCUCGGGCAUUGCCGCCUGCUUCCUUCCAGAGACUUUAAAUGUGCCACUUCCUGAUACUAUUGAAGACGUGGAGAGCCAGUAA